UUAAACCAAUUUUAUCUCGGUUAUUUGUCAAAAUUAUGUCAAAUUUUAAUUAAAAUCUUAACUUUAAAAAUUUUACUUAUUUUCUUGACAAUGGAUACAGACUGCGUUCUCAGCAUAACCAAGCCCAUGUUAUGCGUUGGCAGCAUGUCCGUAGACAUCGUAGAACAAUGUAAUUCAAUGCCCGCGGAUAAACGAGAUCAUUUAUCCGUGGAUGCUCGUUGGCAGCGCGGAGGCCACGCAAGCAAUGUGAGCUACGUGCUGCGUUUGCUGGGCGCUCAGGUAGAGUUCCUCGGCGUGCUGAGUCGAUCCAGCAUGCUGCGAGAGAUUCUGCAGGAGAUGGAGCGCAUCAACAUUGACUUGAGCAAUUGCCCCAGAACUGAUAAAAAUCCAGCUUUUACUACAGUUGUGAUAGAUCGUAAGACUGGCUGCCGUUCAAUUUUAGAAUGCAGCAGAAAAUUUCCAUACAUCGGCAUAGAGGAGUUCAAAAAGCUUGAUCUAAACCGUUAUGGCUGGGUGCACUUCGAGGCACGCAAUAAGCUGGACAUUAUUCCUAUGAUGCGGGCCAUACAUAACUACAACAGUGGACGCACAGACCGCAUCAAAAUAUCAUUGAAGGUGGAUGGUUGCUUCAAUGAGAACAAGGAUCUCUUUGAUAUGUGCCACUAUUUGAUAUUUUCAAGGCAACUGGCACUGGAUCUGGGCUGGCAGUCAGUGAGAGAGACAUGCAUAGAAUUGGAUAAGACUCUGCCUCUGCCACGCUCGAUUCUAAUGCGCAGACCGUCCAUUAUUUGCUCCUGGGGUCCAUACGGUGCUGGCUGCCUGGAUGCUCACGGCCAAUACUUUGAUCUGCCACUUCCUGCAGGCAGAAAGCCCAUCGAUACUUAUGGAGUCGGAGAAUGCUUUACAGCAGGCGUCAUCUAUGCGUUGUAUUUGCGACAAAUGCCUUUGGCUGCAGCCGUAACUUUUGGCAACCGCGUGGCGGUUUUUAAGACAACUAGAAGUGGCUACAAUCAUAUAGCCCAGUUUCAGCACUAUCCUGUGACUGUAUCGAAUGACGAUAAAAAUUCUGACCAUUACUCAGAGGACGACGAGUCCGAACAAUUCAUUUGCAAAAAGCACAUGAAUCGCCAAAUUCAACCAAGCAAUGGCAUAUUAUCUACCCAAUUAUUGCAAAGGUUCGAAAUGGCUAAAGAUGAAGACAUCGUGAGCUUAAAAAGUGCACUCUCUAAGAACUUGAGAGAGCAACAAUCGUCUGUCGCCUUCGACCCUGCAUACAAUGUCACACAGAGUAUGUCCAAGGUCCCACGUAUAAGAAAUUCAUCCGUGCGAUCCAAGAGAAUGAGGAGUAUUGUAUCAAUUUCGCCAAUAAAAUAAAUCAAAAAAAUAGCUAAGUGGGAGAUAAAACAGUUUCAGUCUGUAUAAUAAAUAUAUUAUAUAAA